AUUUAUAAUGUGUGCACUGUGCAGAUUGCAGAAUUCUGCAGUUCAAAAUUCAAACCCGAAGAGCCAAACUUGUCGACGAUUUCUUCUCGUCGCCUCGCUCACCAUUUUCAAAUUUCAUUUUCAAGUUUCUCUCUCCUCUCCUUUCCCAAAAUUCUCUCUCUCUCUCUCCUCCUUCACGUCGAUCGGAUUCUCUCUCCGGCUCCGAUUCCAUUCUAGGGUUUCUGCUCCUCCGGCGAAUGCUCCUCCUCCUCCUCCGAUGAAUCGGCCGCACAGAAACCUUCUUCUUCACCCCAAUUCUCACUGCCAAGAAUGCGGCACCUCUCAAUCCCACUGCUGGAUCCUCCACCACGUCCGUCUCAAAGCCUCCUUCCGCCGUCUCUGCACCAAUUGCGUUCUCAAGAACAAUCUCUCCGGUUUCUGCCCCGUUUGCUUCGAUGUUUACGACGAUUCCUCUCCCCCGCCCUCUCACCAGCGAGUUAUGUGCUUCAGAUGCCCUUCAAUCUCCCACUUCUCCUGCGUUUCCGUCCAUUUUUCUUCUACCUUCUUGUGCUCUCACUGCUCUGAUCCUCGUUUUACCUUCUUCGACGGUUUCCACUCCGCCGCCCUCUCCCAGUCCGGCUCGGCCGCUGUUCUGGCUGACAACAGAGUCGUUGAUUGUAAAUCGGCUAGGGCGAUCGUCGCUGCCGCUCGUGUCGCUGCUCAAUCUAUGCGGAGAGCGGCGGCUGACGCUAGGGCUGCGGCGGAGACGAAGAUCAAGAAUGCUGCAUUUGCCAAGAAGCAGGCUACUCUCGCAUUGGAGCGACUAGCUUUUCUCGUGCUACAGGAGGAGGACAGAAACGGAUGCGUGAAGAGUAAUAAUGGAGAUGCUGUUGCAGGUGAGAGGACGGUGGAAGAAUCCAAGCUACAGGACAAGGAGGUAACAGCCAUUCUCGAGCGGAAGAAGUGGAAUCAGAGUCAGUAGGCGGCCAAUCGAUUUUGACGAAGGCAACUCAAGAAGGAAACUAACUGUAGAGAGUAAUCUUUUUCGACUGUUUCAUUCCAUAGGGUAUUUCAAAGAUCAGUAGAAUGCAGAGCGCGGAGGUACAAUUAACCAUCCAUGGAAGCUUCUGGAUCAAUGUACCGAUGAUCUUUCUAUAUCAAUGAAUGCUAAGAAAGAUCAGUAGAAUGGACUUCUAUGUAAAUUUCAACAUUGUUCUUGAGAACCAUUCUUUGGGAGUUUCUCCUCAUAUUGAAAUUCUAUUGAGAAUGGGACAGAUUGUUCUACUCCUAUUCAUCCCAAUUCUUUA